CGAGCUAGCCAUUUCCCUCCAAUCUUCAGCCUCCACAUUGACUUUUACUUUCCUGCUAUUUCUUCAUCGUGCGGUGCCUCGUAAAACCCGAUAAUUCUUAAAAGAUGACUAACCUAUCUUCAGGCUCUAAGCGUCCACAUGAAGGCGGAAGCGAGUCGGAAUAUAACAAGAGACUACGUGAAGCCAAGGAACCUAGAGACUGGAGAGAUGUGCAUUUACGCUCGCCAAGGCACAAGGGAGGGCCAGAAAGGAGAGGUGAUACAGGAUCUCGUCACCGAGGCGAACGUGGAGGGCGUGGGCAUGAGCGUCGACCCAACCGCGACUACAGUCGGGAGAGAAGUAGACGAGAGGACUACGACAGGGGCAGAGGCCGCCAUCAUCGUAGGGAUGAUGAUCGCCAACGUCUAACACCCAUAUCCCCCCGUGGCUCUACGAAUGGACAUUCACAUCAUUCCAAGGCUCCCGAAUCAGACAAAGAAGAAGGCGAAAUCUCGCCUCAUAGAAGUCUGGAACGCGCUUCUGCACCUACACCCACCGCCAUCCCAAUGCCAUUAGCAGUUGCAUCAACUCCACCAUCAGUCUUGGAGCCUGAGUUAGAACUAUCAACAUCGCCAAUACCCGUAGAGCAGGUGCUUGCUGCACGUCGUGCUAAGCGACAAGCCAUUCUUGCCAAGUACUCCGGCGUCUCCAGCGUCAAUACGAUGGGAGCCAGUCCUAGUCCAGGACCAAGCAGUGCGGUCCAGCCGCCUCAAAUUCCUCUUGCUGUUUCUGAUCCCAUACUUCAGUCUCGCAGUAUUGAUGGGACGCCUGAUGU